GAAAAUAAUACUAUUCAUUCAUGAAGUCUCACUAAGGACACUAGAACAUUGAAGAAUAUUGUAUAGUAACUUCGUACCCCAACAGAAAUUAUUUUGAUAACAAAAAGAAGAAAAUUAGAGCUCAUCUUAUUUUUAUCUUAUUGAGAGUUUUUUUCGGAGUUCCAUUUAUUCACAAUGAAACCCGCAGCCAAUCAAUUUGACAGUAAUCUAGAAGAUACUUCCUUUGAGGCAUACCAGGAUUCGUCAGAAUGCGAAAGCAUAGGCCUAAACCAAGAAGACAACACCGAGGAAACUAGUUCGGAGUCGAAGGACACAAAACUUCCUAUUAGUCCUUCUUUGGUACAUGAUACAGAGAAGACCAGGAUCCCGAAACCGUUGGUCCGAAUUUAUAAUCCGAAUGCGGCGCUGAACCGUAAUUGCGGUGGUGAUCAAAAGUGCAACGCUACUGACUAUUAUACUGCCAGCAGCAUCAAUUUUCGCAAAAGGAAGUCAGUGUCGCUGAUGGAGAUUCAAAGAAUGCGGAAGGGAAGCCGCACCUCGAAAUCCGUUGUCCACCAGAGUCAGAAGUCUGGUCAUAAUUUAGCACUUCAACCUUCGUCACGUGGUGAUAAUUGUUGCUAUGAACGCUCUUCGUUGCAGCUUCGUAAUGACUAUUACUGCUUCGUCAGCGAGAAUGAGGAGUCUGAGGUUGACUCCAAAUUGGCUGGCAUGAGGGUUUUCGCCUCAAUCAUGCUGAAUGCUUGGCGUCGUCGCAGGGAUGAGGUUCGUCGUUUGAAUGAUGAACUCAACCGAAUCAAGAAAGGGUCGGUUAAAACCAAGAACCAAAUCCAUGUGAUCAGUUCACUGUUCAAAGUUGAGCAGAAAACAAACGAUGACUUAAGUUGCCGAUUACGUCGCUGCCUUGAAGAUCAACAAAAAUUGCAGGAUAUGUAUAAUGACUUGAAUAAAGCCUUCACUGGACUACAGGUAAAAUUUGGCGAAACGGAGCAACUGGUGGAAGAGAAGGUGAAGGAAAUUGAUGGUCUAAACUAUUUACUCAGCGAAUCUAAAACAAACUUAUUCAAAUCAAUGUCUCGUGAACGCGAACUGGAGACCAAUUUGAGUAAUGAGCAACGGAAACUCCUGGAGUUGGAGAAUGAAAAAAAUGAAUUACUGAGCACGAUCGCUCAGCUCCAACAGACAAUUAAUGCAAAAGCAGAGGUUGAAUCAGCCCUCACAAGUAAAUCGAAGGAAGUGGAGUACCUGAAAUCACAACUCGACACUUUGGAGAAGAAACUUAAGGAUCUGAAGGAGAAAGAAGCGCAAGUUAAGGAAUAUCAGCAACUAGACCUGACCAAUCGCAAGCUUAUCCAGGAGCUCUCCGAGCGCAUUAAUUUUCUUGAAGGCACCCUCAAAAAUUCAUUCAUGACAAGAGCGCUGGAAUUCUGCAAGCAGCUUCAUAAAUCGACAUACAUGUAUAGUCAUCUACUAUUAUAUUGCUUAUUACCCAUGACACCGCCCCCAACUAAAAUUUCAUUGAACACUACUCACGCCUUGGAAAAGGCUCUGAAUUUUUGCUGGAGGUGAACUUAUCAAUCAAUCCAAAAAGUUUAAAAAAAAAGAAACCGAAAUGUUACUGUGAUUG